AUGCUGUGUGUUUCCAUCGAGACCUUGGUCACGUCUGUCCGUAAUGUGACGAUUUCAUCCGGCACACGACUGUACCUGGUGUGGUCACCAUUGCUUCAUCGUGUGAUAUAUCACAUGAUUCAAGUCGUCAAGAGCACAUUCGCCGAACAAACUGCAGGCACGGUAGCGCCGAGAAGGGUUCCAAAGCCAACUCACUACAGAAUGCUGACAAAUCAUCCUGUCGAAUUUGUUAUGGAGUUGUCUCGUCAUCACAGAGUUGUAUGGCUGAUCCCAUCACUGACGUUUGAUUAUUCGCCGGCAGGCCUUACGGCAGUAUCACCGCAAUUAACAAUCAGUAUGGAUGGAGCCGACAUUGUGACCGCCAUGGAUGUUUACAUUACUCGGCGCCCCUUUGACGCUCAAAUGGAUAGCUUCCGCAGGGGAUUCGACAACUGUACAACACUUUCUAACAAAGUAUGGACCUGGACCGCAGCUUCGUUUCUCUUCUACCUUCCAUACGAAUUCAAUUUUGCGCAAGUUUUUGAUGAGUUUAUAAAUUGUAUCAAAUGGAUCAAAGUAGUACAUGGGUUGAAGUCAGCGCCGUUCAAACCUGGUGGUCCAUUGCCAGCCGACUUCCGUCUUGUGUUCAAGGAAGCUCGCAUUGAAUUAGAGGAUGACUUCUUCGAGAAUUUGUUACAGAUGAGUCAUGAGCUCAAGGAAGACGAGGUCUACGAAUGCGAACGGAGGCGGCAAAUGCUCAAGGAUCGGCUCCUUACCCUGCGUAAAGCAAAUCCUCUUAUUCCACAGACCAGAGUUGAUGAACUCUUUGCGAUGCUGCUGGAGAAGAACAGCGCCAUCUAUAUAGAGCGGUGGAAUAAAGCAGGGAGUGCGAAAAGGCCUCUGUACGUUUCAAAAUGGACAGAUUGGGAUUUGAGAGCAUUCGCUGAUGAGACUUUCCAUGGCACCGAGAAAUGCGUAGAUUUCAUUCGCGAGUUCGAUCCUUUGAGCUCUUAUCCAGCUGGUGGGCUGCAAUUUUCUACCCUGUGGGGUCGAGCGGUUGAGCUUGAUAUGGGAGAGUGGUGUGUGAAUUUCAAGGAUUACCCCAUUCCUUAUCUACUUGCAAAGGAUAUGCAUUUCUUUGGUCUUCUUGUCGUGACAACUAUGUUGGCAUCACCUGAUCCAUACAAUACAACAGAAACUGUGGAGAUGUGCUGGGAUGAUUUCGGACUUGACUGGGCGUUAGGCGAAAUUCGCAUUAGGUCAGGUUUACGGGUAUUCAUGCGCACGGCGUCUCGAUACGAUGACUCUCGCAUUCUUUUUCUUCCUGAUCUCCGGCUUCGUGUGGUUCUAGAUUGGAUUUGCAGUGGUGAUCCGCAUGAUCACCAUGCGGAUCAUGAUUCGUUCCGAGCCUUUCGGUCUUCGUCACUGGAUCUGUCACUCUCAUUCGACGUCGCUGCCGGUGCUGAAAACGGUGAAACUGGUGAUCGUAUUCCCCACGUCCUUCUUUAUGCGAACACUUUUCGUUGUAUCGAGUUUCUUCUCAAUACGCUUACAAUGAAAAAUCGAAAUGUACGAAAAGGACGGCUAUUCGGAACUCCGCCUUAUCCAAAACCACAACUGGGGAAGCAUUUCAGAAACGUGCAAGUAUCGCUGAACUUUCCGCGAUUCUACAUCACAUACUGGAUGUCGCAUUCGUCUGAUUACGGGUUCCGAGUGCACGUCUACAGCAACGGUCACACUCCUUCUGUUGACGGCCUAUCGUCUAGCGACGAAGAAACGUUUUUGUUGGGCUUGACUCGAGUGUCUUACGUUCGAGAGAAUAACCGUGGACGCGAUGCACCCCAGCAUAGAUUGACAGCACAUGACCUAAAGGCCUCAUGGACAGCGCAGAAUCGCGAUGCUUGCAUAUCAAUAGCAGAUGGAGUACAUCGUGCCCAUAUGCUUCGCAGAAUUCUCAGCAAUGAUGCUUUGAAGAUCCUAAAACUGCACAUGGAAGAGGAGGCCCAGUCGUCUCCUUCGGAUGUUCCACGAACUGAUGAUUCGACACCUAAGGGUGACCGUGGUCAUCGUCGUGGCUACAGUAUGUCUGACCAUAACCAGUCGCUGCUCAAUCAAUUGAUUGGAGAAGCAAGCACGAAACUUGUAGCUCACUGUGAACAGGUGAGUUCACUGUAG